UUAGUGGCACCGAGGAAUCGCGUUAGUCUCGAGCGAACUGCAGCAAGAGCGGCAAGAAACCACAAUGUAUCGAGAAUUAUUCCUAGCGUUGACAAUCUCGUUAGCAAGUGUCGUACUUGCUGACGUCCUCGUUCAACCCGGUUAUCAACACGGCUAUCAAUACAGUAGCACUCCACACUACGUGCAAUAUCAGCCUUCAAUACCGCAGUAUCAGUUUCCGGCUGAACAAUAUCGCAGGGCGCAAAUUCCGAACCACGAAUGGACGCAAUAUCUUUCGCGAGGUCAGACGUAUCAUCCCUAUGACUCGUAUCAAGACAAUGCCCGUACACAUAUGGUAAGCUACCCACGUCAACCACACCAUUAUUUACUCAGGCCGCAUUACGCAAAGAUAGGGGGUCAUGGAUAUGUGCGGCCCUCAGUGUUCCUCGGUAUACCUCAUCACCCCACGACGAUAGUACACAACCGGCGCGAGAGAUCGCGUAGAUCGGUUCCUACAAGUGACGAACCCAAUAAACUUGAAAUCGUUACAAGUUCCGAAUCCAGUAAACCUGACAUCGUUGCGCAUGACAAUGAUGUGGCCGCGAAGUCGACCUUAACCGACGCCAAGCCUCCUACAGCCAUCGACUCGUUACUUCCAGAGCACGAGACUACCGAUACUAAUGAUAAGCACGUGGAGAACCGUCAGAUCAAUUAUGACCACGUAACGGAGCCACGUUUAUUCGGCCUUUAUCCAGAAAACAUGCAUUCUGAAUAUUCAGAAAAUAUACAUUCUGAAUAUCCAGAAAACAUGCAUUCUGAAUAUCCAGAAAACAUACAUUCCAGUUAUCGUGAAUCAUACCUUCAAUCCGAUAAACCGUAUAAAAAUUUCAUGCAGAAGAUGCUUUCUCAACUAAAUCCACACCUCAACACGCAACUUCCUACACCAGACAGUUUAAACGACCGUGUACUCUUUGUAACUCUGCCAAGCAGCGACCCUGUUAAUAAUGAACCUUAUGAAAUAAUGCCGGCAUCGGACGAUACUCGUGAUAAUAGUAAAUACCGAUCAGCUGAAAGAGAUUCUUGGCCAGAUUUCCGUCAUUAUUUGGCACACAACACGAGAGGUGUUUGGCCGGAGUACCAUACGGAAUAUCGCCCUGACCACCACGAACCACAAUAUUUUAACCAUGAGAAUAUGCGGGCUGUACACCAAGAAUUUGACAAUAAACCUAUGCAGAGAAGCGCAGAUAAAGGUGACAUAGUCAAUACGGAUGAACCAAAAUACGAUGUCAGGCCGGUCGCAUUAUUCUUUCCUUCCAGUUUGCCUAAAAAGCAGAAAAUUUACCAUUGUGCCGAAACGCCUACUUUGGCGCUAACCGGACAACCUCCCAUUACCUUUGUGGAAAAUGAAUAUAGAAAUAACGACGAGUCGUCGAGAACCAGUGAGAUCGUCAGUGCGCCAUAUUCCGACACAAUGGACAGGUCGUUCUCAAAUUAUGAUCCGAACAAAAAUUUAUACAACAAAGAUUUCCACAUCAAUUUCGAUAAGAUGAAGUUUAAUGCAGACCAUAGUAUCCACCAGCAGCCAAUGAAAAUCCCUGACUAUGUAUUUUACACAAAUGCCACUGCUCCUAGACAUCCAAAGUUGCUGUUACCGCAAGUUUUUUUAGACAGUUACCCGCCGGAAGAGAAAAUAAUAUAUGCUACUCCACCAUAUUACAAAUACCACGACGACACUCAACCAAGUGAUAAAUCACCUUAUAACAUGUUUUCGUCACCAGUUUAUUAUUAGUGAAGUACUGUUAUAGAUACGACGCUGUUAUCGAUUCCUGCUAUGUUACCUUGAAGCUAUGAGUCGAUUGACCGUAAUGGUUUUCAUGUUCUAUUUAUUAUAAUUACUCUUAUGCCACGCAUAAUUUUUUAUAAGCGUACAUCCCUCAUCGAACUCCGUCCGUUCGGUAACUGAACUUUUAUAUACCAUUUUCUAAAUAAAAAAUUAAAUUACUUAUUUCGAUGUUACAAUCCUAUGUAUACGUACAAGCUCUUAAAUAAACGUGUUUUUAUGGGAA